GCUAAGGGCUUUCGAAUUACUUAAACAGUGAAAACGUUAACAGUUACAUGGAAAAGUCAAUUAAUUGUUCUAAAUCGCGAUAAUGGCUUACAAUUCCACACUCGACGACUUCUGUGGAUCUAAAUUUUGGGAUAGCAAUUUAACAUGGUAUACAGAAAAUCCUGAGUUCACACCAUGCUUUGAAAAAACUGUAUUAGUCUGGAUACCCUGUUUAUACCUAUGGGUCGCUGCUUUACUGGAUGCUUAUUACAUUUUAAACAGUAAAGAGAGAAAUAUACCAUGGAAUAUAUUAAACAUUACGAAAUUAGUGAUAACAUGCAUUUUGAUAGUUCUAAAAUUUGUGGAUUUGGGUGUGACUGUUCACAAUUCAUCAAAAGAAGACGUGGAGGUUUUCAAUGCAGACUACUACUGCCCUAUUGUAAAGAUUUUAACAUUUAUAUUAUCAGCAACGUUGCUGUAUUACAAUAGAAAGUAUGGAAUGAGAGCCUCAGGGGUGCUAUUUUUCUUCUGGUUUCUCUUAGUUUUAGCGGGAAUACCUCAGCUUAGAUCUGAGAUAAUGGCGCACUAUAGAUUAGCAGAAGAUGAAAAUGUACAAUAUAAUUUUGUUAGCUACGUAAUAUACUAUCCGUUGAUUGUAUUAAUGUUUCUACUCAACUGUUUCGCGGACUUACCACCGAGGGAUUCGCCAUAUAUAUUUGAAAAGAAUCAAUGUCCAGAAAGUGCAUCUGGCUUCCCGAGCCGUUUAACGUUCAGUUGGUUCGAUCCGCUAGCUCUUACCGGGUUCCGCAGAAGUUUAACAGAAAGUGAUCUCUGGGCCUUGAACCCACCGGAUUCGUCGAAGGAGGUCGUGCCGAAAUUUGAUAAAUUUUGGGAGAGAACGCUGAAGAAAAAGGAAAUCGCCAAUGGUCCAAAAGCAACAUACAGCAAGACAUCGGCCAGUGUGAAUUUCAAGCCGGACAAGGAAAGGAAACCCGCGUCGAUUCUGCCAGCACUUUGCCUCGCAUUUGGAGGCCAAUUUCUGUUCGGGGCUCUCCUUAAAUUGAUCAACGACACGUUUAUGUUCCUCUCUCCUCAACUGCUCAAACUACUUAUAGGAUUCGUGGAAGGUAAAGAAGCGGUAUGGAAGGGUUACUUGUACGCUCUGGGUCUGUUUGCGUGCGCGACCGCUCAGACGACGUUACUUGCUCAUUACUUCACAAGAAUGUACCUCGUUGGUAUGAGGAUAAGAACGGCACUCACGAGCGCCAUAUACAGGAAAUCACUCCGUAUAUCGAAUUCGGCCAGGAAGGAGUCGACCGUCGGUGAAAUUGUCAACCUGAUGGCUGUUGAUGCUCAGAGAUUCAUCGAGUUGACAGCGUACUUAAACAUGAUAUGGUCAGCUCCUCUCCAGAUAGCAUUAGCUUUGUAUUUCCUUUGGGGUAUUCUUGGUCCUUCUGUAUUAGCAGGUUUAGCUGUGAUGAUAGUACUUAUACCGGUUAACGGCUUGAUAGCAAACAGAGUAAAAACGUUACAGAUAAAACAAAUGAAAUACAAAGAUGAAAGGGUCAAAUUAAUGAAUGAAGUUUUGAAUGGAAUCAAGGUACUUAAAAUGUAUGCAUGGGAACCUAGUUUUGAAGAGCAAAUACUUAAAAUUAGGAAUGCAGAAAUGAAAGUAUUGAAACAAACCGCCUAUCUAAAUUCCGCUACUUCAUUUAUCUGGUCUUGCGCUCCGUUCUUGGUAACCUUCCUAACUUUCUUCACCUAUGUGGUUUCCGACAGUGAACAUACUAUGGGACCUACUAUUAUAUUCCCAUCGAUUUCCCUAUUAUACAUAAUGCAUUUGCCUCUAGGCUUGCUACCACUGGUCAUCGUCUCAGUGAUAGAGACAUCAGUGGGUAUAAAACGAUUAAACAAAUUCAUGAACAGCGAUGAACUGGAUGCGAAUGCCGUGGAACAUGAUGCUAAAGAACCUAAUCCGCUGGUGGUGGAGAACGGACACUUCUCGUGGGGCGGGUCGGAGUCGGAGACGGUGCUGAAGAACAUCAACCUGAGCAUCCCGCGCGGGCACCUCGUGGCCGUCGUGGGCGGCGUGGGCUCCGGCAAGAGCUCGCUGCUGGCCGCGCUGCUGGGCGAGAUGAACAAGACCGCCGGCCGCGUCAAAACCACCGGCAACAUAGCCUACGUGUCGCAACAGGCGUGGAUACAGAAUGCGACACUGCAAGACAACAUCAUUUUCGGUAAAACUCUCGACAAGAGCAGGUACAAUAACGUGAUCGACGUGUGUGCUCUCAAACCUGACUUCGACGUGUUGCCCGGUGGGGAUCAGACGGAAAUCGGCGAAAAGGGAAUAAACCUCUCGGGCGGCCAGAAGCAGCGCGUGUCGCUCGCUAGGGCGGUCUACUACGACGCCGACAACUACUUCCUGGACGACCCUCUAAGCGCUGUCGAUUCACACGUUGGCAAACACAUAUUUGACAAGGUUAUCGGACCAAAUGGUCUACUGAAGAACAAAACUCGUGUGUGGGUGACCCAUAACGUGUCAUACUUGGCUCAGACCGAUCAAAUAAUAGUACUGCGUGAUGGUGAAAUAUCCGAAGCGGGCACGUACCAACAGUUGCUGGAAAAGAAGGGGGCUUUCGCAGAAUUCCUUCUUCAUCACUUGAGCGACGCCGAGCGUACUUCACCUGAAGAAUUGGACGAAAUCAAGCAAGAUUUGGAAAGUAAACUUGGGUCGGAGUUCCAAAACAAAUUACAGAGGGCUCGUUCACUCUCUGAAAGCACUUCUGAAUCGGAACAACCUGCUGCGGGAGACCGCAGAGGUAGUGUGAAAAAACGAACUCCCGAGGCAACACCUAAUGAGUUGAAAGAAAAGAAUAAAUUAAUUGAGGCUGAGAAAACAGAAACUGGAAGUGUGAAGUGGAGCGUGUACAAGCACUACCUGACGAGCGUGGGCGUGGCGGCGUCGGCCCUGACGGUGCUCAUGAACCUGGUGCUGCAGCUGUUCCAGGUGGGCUCCAACUACUGGCUCGCCGAGUGGUCCAACGACGCCCACAUGUUGGUUAACGGUACCGUAGAUAGAGCGAGGCGGGAUUUGUAUCUCGGCGUAUAUGGCGGUCUCGGCAUCGGACAAGUGGUGUCGGUGUCGGUGUCGUCGCUGGCGCUGUACCUGGGCACGCUGGCGGCGGCGCGCGCGCUGCACGCGGCGCUGCUGGCGGGCGUGCUGCGCGCGCCCAGCAUCGGCUUCUUCGACUGCACGCCCGUGGGCCGCGUGCUCAACCGGUUCAGCAAGGACGUGGACGUGCUCGACAACGUGCUGCCCAUGACGCUGCGCGGCUGGACCUCCUGCUUCUUUGCGGUUCUGGGGACUCUUUUCGUGAUAAGUUACUCGACUCCAAUAUUCUUGGCCGUGAUCCUACCCAUCGGCGUGGUUUACUAUCUCAUACAGCGAUUCUACGUAGCUACGUCGCGGCAGCUCAAGCGACUCGAGUCGGUUUCUAGAUCACCGAUAUAUUCGCACUUCGGGGAAAGUAUCACUGGAGCAUCUACGAUUCGGGCUUACGGAGUCACUAACAGGUUCGUGGAGGAGUCCGAGCGCGGCGUAGACCACAACCAGUCGUGCUACUACCCGAGCUGUAUCGCGAACCGCUGGCUGGCGGUCCGGCUCGAGAUGAUCGGCAACCUGAUAAUAUUCUUCUCGGCUCUAUUUGCCGUGCUCGGCCGCGACACCAUCAACCCUGGACUUGUCGGCCUCUCCGUCAGCUACGCUCUACAGAUUACACAAACACUAAACUGGCUUGUAAGAAUGACGUCUGAAGUAGAAACCAAUAUCGUAGCCGUAGAGAGAAUAAAAGAGUACGCCGAAACGAAACAGGAGGCCGCGUGGGCGGUGGCGCAGGGCCCGGGCGCCACGUGGCCGGAGACGGGCGCGCUGCAGCUGGAGGCGCUGUCGCUGGGCUACCGCGCCGGCGAGCCCGCGCUGCGCGGCCUCACGUGCGCCGUGGCGCCGCGCGACAAGCUGGGCAUCGUGGGCCGCACGGGCGCCGGCAAGUCCACGCUCACGCUCGGCCUCUUCCGGAUAAUAGAGGCGAUGAGCGGCCGGAUCCUCAUCGACGGCAUCGAUAUAGCGACAAUAGGACUUCACCAGUUGCGCUCGCGCAUCACCAUCAUCCCUCAGGACCCCGUGCUGUUCUCCGGUUCGCUCCGGAUGAACCUCGACCCCUUCGGUGUUUAUACCGACGAGGAGAUCUGGCGUUCCCUAGAGCACGCGCAUCUUAAGACCUUCGUCAAAGGCUUGGCGUCCGGACUGCUGCACGAGGUAUCGGAGGGCGGAGAGAACCUGUCGGUGGGGCAGCGCCAGCUCGUGUGCCUGGCGCGCGCGCUGCUGCGCAAGACGCCGCUGCUGGUGCUGGACGAGGCCACGGCCGCCGUCGACCUGGAGACCGACGAGCUCAUACAGAAAACAAUAAGGUCAGAAUUCGCAUCGUGUACCGUGCUCACCAUUGCGCAUCGUCUCAACACUAUCAUGGACUCCACUAAAGUGAUGGUCCUCGACAAGGGACAGCUAGUGGAAUACGCUCCUCCAGAGCAGCUACUACAGGAUAAAAACUCUAUUUUCUACGGAAUGGCUAAAGACGCCGGUCUUGUCAAUUAACUUUUAAGGUCUCGCAUUUAAAUAAUAUUUAGCGCAAUGCUCGCUUUUGACGUAAGCGGAAAACCGAUAGUACACUGUACAUAGACAUUAUACAUAACCUUUAUAUAAAGAGUGAUUAUAUUUUUUUCAUAUUGUAACAUAUUUCCUUUAGUAACCGGGUUUCUCGAAACGUCAAUAGCGAGUGUACAUCUUGAUACGGAAUAAAAAUAAAUAACGAAUGGGCGAAGUUCAUUAAACUCUCACGUCUGAGACGAUCGAAUUUUAUCAGCGGUGUGAAUAAUGUAAGACUUUUCUAAUAAAUGUAGUUCAUUGUAUGGUUGCCUUUCACAAUUUGUAGGUGUGUGGUGGAAUGCUGCUUAACAAUUUGAUUCGCUCUCAACUGUAGCAAUAAUUAUGCACAUAUAGUUACCAAGUCAGACCGCCCAUUACUUAAUUCUAUGGAUCUUUUUUAUAAUUGUUUCUUACUAAAAGUACUUACUUUUAAAUAAUUAAAUUAUGAUUAGAUUUUAUAUCGGAUGACAUAGGUACUUAAGAAAUCCAAAUAAUCAUGUUCUAUUUACAAUGUCUGACCAGUGCAGCAUCUAUAAGCGUUUCAGUAUUUUGUUUUUAUACUAGUGAUGAUGUCAUUCUAUAUAUAAUUUUUAUUAAAUACUGUAAAUUAGUUUAAAAUUGAUUUAAUUAUGUCGUACCUGUGUGUUUUAAACAACUUGUCUACUUAUUGAAGAUUAAAAAACUGUUAAAUUUGAUAUAUAUAAAUAUAUAUUGAGAAUAUAUAAUAAAAUGUA